UCCGUUGGAGAGCUGCUUGGUUCAGGGGGGUGUGGCUCUGUCUAUGCAGGAACAAGGAAGGCUGAUGGACAAGAGGUGGCCAUAAAGUAUAUCCCCAAAACAAAAGCAGACAAAUACAUUAUCAUGCGUGGUGAUGGCAGGCGUCUCCCUCUGGAGGUCGCUCUGAUGACCAUGGUCUCCCAGCCUUCAUCGUGCUCUAAUGUCCUGAGACUGCUGGAGUGGUUUGAAGAGCCCAACCACUACAUCUUGGUCUUGGAGCGCCCCAGUCCCUGUUCCGACCUGUUUGAUUUCUAUAGGAUAUUUGACGGUCGGCUAUCUGAGGUACAAGCCAGGCCGAUCUUUCGACAAGUCGUUGAGGCCCUGAUUCACUGCCGCAACUGUGGUGUUUUCCACCGCGACGUAAAAUCGGAUAACAUCUUGGUCAACCUCAAUGACUGGACAGUAAAACUGAUCGACUUCGGCUGUGGGGACCUCUACAAACACAGCCCCUAUGAUAAGUUUAGAGGCACCUUGGAUUACUGUCCACCGGAGUAUUUUUUGAAUCGCAGCUACGAGGCUUCUCCGGCCACCACAUGGACCCUGGGAGUUCUGCUGUUUGAAAUGGUCUGUGGUGACCUGCCGUUUGAAGGCAGAAGAGAAGUCAUUCACAAUCAGCCAAGGUUUACCACACGUGUGUCCAAAGAGUGCCAUGACCUCAUCAGCUCGUGUUUGAGCAUGGACCCCCAUGAGAGACCAGUGCUGGAGGACAUUCUGGCCCAUGACUGGCUGUCGGGACAGAACUUCUGA